UUUCUUCAAUAUGGAACCAGAAAAAGCUUAUUUCAAAAAGACACUAGAGUCCUUAAACGAGACUCAAAAGCAGUCAGUCUUAUCCAAUGCAACUACUUUGCAGAUCUUGGCUGGCCCUGGUUCUGGAAAGACAAGAGUCCUUACUGCUCGCGUAGCCUAUUUUAUUUUAGAAAAAAACAUCAAGCCAGGACAUACCAUCGUUGUUACUUUUACCAAUAAAGCAGCCAACGAAAUGAAAGAACGUUUAAAGCUAUUGAUAGGCAAAAAGAACACAGAAUACUUGUUGAUAGGUACCUUUCACACCCUGUGUGCACGCAUUCUCAGAAGGUUUGCCAAAAUUGUUGAUCUUGAGCCUAAUUUCACCAUUGCCGAUACACAAGCUAGCCAAGAAAUUAUCACUCGACUUAGAGCAGAUCCUAAUUUGCCAAUUGAUCAUUUUACUAGAAAAGAGCAGAAAGUUGGCGCUAUUUGGGGUUUGAUCAGUAAAGCAAAAAGUCAAGGUUUAACAGCAGCACAGUAUAGCGAUCUAUAUGGUACUGAAUUCAAAAAGAAAGAUAUUGCUAUCUUGUUUACUGCUUAUGAAUCAGAGUUGAAGAAACUCAAUCUUGUUGACUUUGAUAACUUGUUGAUUAAGGGCUGUGAGUUAUUUAGAAAGAAAAAGGACGUCUUAAGCAACGUAAAAGCUAUUUUGGUUGAUGAAUAUCAAGAUACCAACGUAGUUCAAUAUGAUUUAAUCAAACUCAUGAUGGAACAAAAGAACGAAAAAACAGUGACUAUCGUUGGCGAUCCUGAUCAAUCUAUCUUUGGUUGGAGAAGUGCAGAGCCUAAAAACUUUAACAAAAUGCAAGAAGACUAUAAAGGAACAACUGCCAUUAAUAUGGAACAAAACUAUCGAAGUACAGCUACUGUUCUUAAAUCUGCUUUACAUGUCAUUACUCAAGAUAGAUCUCGUAUUGACAAGGCCUUGUAUACAAACAAUCCUGAAGGCGUGCCCAUAGCCAUCAUACGCACUAGAAAUGAAGAAAGCCAAGCAAAACUAGUGGCCAAAGAAAUCAAACAAAUCAUCACUUAUUCUAAAGGUCUCAUCAAUUAUAAGGAUAUUGCUGUAUUGAUGCGAAUGAAUUUUAUUUCUCAACAAUUUGAAAGAGUAUUUCGAAGCCACAAUAUUCCUUUUAGUAUUGUUGGCGGUGAUCGUUUCUUUGACCGUGUUGAGAUCAAGGACAUUACUUGUUAUUUGCGCUUUGCAUAUAAUCCUAACGAUUAUGUAAGUUUCAAUAGAAUUGUCAAUGUGCCUAGACGAGGUGUUGGUGAAGUUACCUUGAAAAAGAUUGUCAGCUUCAGUGCACAGGAAAACAUCAGCUUACUCGAGAGCCUACAAAAAAUCGUGGACGGAAAAGCCAAGUCUAUUGUAAGUGCCAAUGUAUCAAGAAAACUAAAGAGUUUGGUUGAUGUUAGCAUUGAAGCCAAACGCUUGAUGAAUGAAGGGGAAGAAGUAUCUGAAAUCAUUCAUUAUAUUGUGAAUGCGAUCAAAUAUGAAGAUUAUCUCAAGGAACAUCAUUUCCAAGACCAUGUUGCUCGUUGGAGUAAUAUUGGUGAAUUGAUCUCUAUUGCAAAGAAGCAACCAGCUAUUGAGGAUGAUGAGGCAAUAGACGCAACCCUAAACGAUGAUCCUGAAGGCCAAAGCAAUGGUGUGACAGUGAUUGAACUGGAAGAAGAGCCCAAUGAUAUUGAAGAAUUAGACCUUACAAUAGUGGAGUGUGAGGAUGAUAUGGAUGGUGAACAACCUCAGUCUCAAUACCAGCCCCAAUCUCAGCCUCAGCCUCAAACUCAAUCACAAUCUGAUUAUUACAAUGAAGAAGAGGAUAUGGGUGUUGUUAGCAGUGAUCCUGUUGCUGAUUUCUUGGAAUACUGUGCCUUGUGUUCAAAUCAAAAAGAACUAGAGGAAGCAGAAGGAGGAAAAGUUACAAUUGCCACACUUCACUCAUCAAAAGGUUUAGAAUGGCCUUGUGUUUUCAUUGCUACCUGCAGUGAGGGUGUUAUUCCACUCAGCAGAGCAGAAGAUCCGAAUGAAGAAGGUCGCUUGCUUUAUGUUGGCAUGACUCGAUCCAAGUUCUUGUUGUACUGUAUUUCUCCUGAAGAAAGAACCUCAUGGGGAAACUAUCACGUAGAAGAGAUUUCUCGUUAUUUGAGAGGACUAGACAGGAAGUUGUACACAACAAAUGCUCCGGACUGGAAUGAUAUAGUGAGAACAAUGCUUGCUACCACAAUUAACAAGCCUACUCCUUCGCCUGAUAGUCAAUUAGUGACCACAAACAACAAGAAAAAGACUCCCUUCGCAUCUUCAAGUACUAGUACUAAUGAUAGCAUGGGGUUUGAGUUUAAGCACAAGUUUGGUGGGUUCACUUCUGCUUCUUCUAUGUUUCGACCAGGUUCAAAGCGAUUCAAGAGUACAAAGUAGUUGAAACCCAGUCUUGAUUUUUUUUUUUUUGCCAAUGAGACACGAAUAACAGCAAAUAAAUAGUUUGAUACGUCAUGAAA